AUGGCUACUCAAGCUGCUCAAGCCAUCACAGUCACAGAUCUUGAAGCAAUACUUGAUCGAUUCGUUGAGAAGUUAGAAGAGAAGCUCGAUUCCGUCGUCCAAAGGCUCCAAGCACAACAAGAGGAGUAUCGACGAGGCAUCCGUGAAAUAUUUGCAAAGUUUUUCCCGAAGCUUCUCCCAAUCCUUGGGUCUCAGAGCUUCCAACGGCGAUGCAUUCUCGCAGGGGAAGAAGAACCCAUGUUACACAAGCUCGCAGGAGAGGAUUUAUUUUUGUUAAUCAGAGCCAUCAUAAGACCUCGCUCUUCCUGGCUUGACUCGACAGUGCCAUUUCCACGGUUGUUAGUGGCUAGACAAGAAAGUCACAGAAGGUCUUUCUCUGGUUACUAUGGAUCUGAUUCCCAAGAAUCUAGUGAUGGUGUUGUUUCUAGAAGGAAAUCAUGGGAACGUAAACGAUACCGAGAAAGCAAGGAUGGUGACAUUAGGUCAAGUGAACAAAGUGCCAGAAAUGGGUCAUUGUUUUGGACCAACUCGAAGAAAGCAUGGGAGCAAGUCGGAUUAGAUUCUCAGGAAAAGAAUGAUAAUGCUGCUGAUAGUAUAAGAGUAUUAUACAUUGGAUUUCAAGGAACAGCUCCUCAAGUCGCUAUGGAGGUGGAACAUGAUAUUAUUAGCAGAGACGCUGCUUGGAAGGGUCAGAAAAAACAGUCACAAGUAGCUAUGGUUGGAAGGGAAAGACUGCCUCCAUUAGUGAAGGAUUCACAUUGUGAAGAGGAACAUAGGGAAGCUAGAGUGUCAAGGCCCUUAGAUGAAAAUCUAAGAAGAUGUCUUAGCAACUUUGAGAACUAUUUUGGUGAGAAUAACAUCCCGGAGCAGGAGAGGUUACAAAUUGUUUAUUCUAACUUGGAAGGAGACAUUGGUCAAUGGAUAAAGCAUCUCUGGAAAAAGAAUUCACCUACAAGCUGGAAGGAAUUUAAGUGUAUGAUGGCCCGAGAGACAAAGACAACAAUGAAGGUAAAUCAUCAACCUCAUUAUUCGGGAAUCCAACAAGAAGGAUCAGUUCGGGAGUAUAGAGAAAGGUUCGAAGCUCUUUGUCUAGGCUCAGUUAUUUUACCAGGACAAGGCUUGGAGGCAUUGUUCUUACAAGGGUUGCAGCCUAGUUUGCAAACUGCAGUUCGAGAAUUGAAACCGAAUGGCAUUGUACAAAUGAUGGAUACAGCUCAAUGGCUAGAAGAAAGUAACAGUCUUAUGGUCUAUGGAAGUGGGUUGUCAGUACAAACAGAACCAAAAGUCUACCCAACUACACAAGCGGAGUUAAGGAGCAUGGUGUUAAUGGGAUACAUGAGGGAGGAUCUUAAGGACACACCAAGGCCUGCGAAUGAAGAUACAGGUACACUAAAACAGGAACAUGAGCUUCCAGGGACAGAAGUGGCCACAUGCAGGGGAAUGCGAUUCUAUGGCUAUAUUUUGCAGCAGGAAGUGUCUUUUAGCUAUAGACUAGCUAGUGACGUUAAAAGGAGCUGCCAAGAGAUUUCUUUGCGGAUUAACGACAUCGACAUAGUUGAAGAUUAUUGCGUGUGGGAUUUGAAACGAGAUGUUGUGGAUGUGAUCUUAGGGUAUGAAUGGCUUUCAAAACUUGGAGAGACAGAGGUGAAUUGGCAGAAUCAGAGUUUUUCCUUCAUCCAUAACCAAGAUUGGGUCACUCUAUGUCCUAAGAAUAAAGAUCUUGAGCAAGGUACUAAAAGGGUGAAGAUGAGAAGUGAAAAGGAGCAAGGAGGAAUGAGAAAUGAAUUAGAAAGCGAUUGUGGAAUUGUUGCUUACUACCUUGCGGACAAGGUAGCUUUAAAAGGGGAGAGUAACGUUAGUUGUGUAGAAGUCACUAAUGACCGAGACUGUGAAGAUGAGAAGAGGGGUGAAAAUCAAGAAAUGAAGUUAAGUACUGAAUAUCCAAAGGAAGUUUCUUGGUUCAAUGAGUUUGAACAAAUUGGGAUCCUUGUUAAGAUGCAAUUCACCCGUCCACCAGAAGUGUUUCUUGGUCAAGUGAUGGAACAAGAGAACGUUAAAGCAACCAUUGAAGUUGAUGUCUGUGUGGAAAAACAGAAACGCGAGAUUGAAGAUCACCUAGUCUUAGGGUUAAAGACAGGAGAAGACAAGGUUAGGCUGAUGGUUGGGAGUUUUUCAAAACAGCAGGAUAGAGUUUACAAGUGUUGCAUGAUGUUGGAGAUGUUGUUGGUUUCGAAUGGAGUCUCAUCAUUAGAGAAUACACGUGCGUUGAAAAGGUCAGCUGAAAUGAGUAGGUGGAAACAGUUUGGGGUCACACAUAAGGAGGGCAAGGAGAGAGGCUCUAGCCAAACAGGUUUUGGCGGUACAAUCGAUCCUAGAGCUAAGACAAAACACGAGACUAAGGCGAACAAGGCAAUGAUCAAUGCCCGAGAGUUUCAUUUUCAAUUCCUUCCACCAUGA